AUGAGUGAUCGGCAGCAUUGCGGCGGCGCUUCCGGCCGGUUUGCGGUCAACUUGGGAGGGUUUCGCCUGGAGCUGGCGUUUGAAGUGGAUGCCGGGCAGAUCCUGGUGCUCUUCGGGCCAUCGGGAGCGGGCAAGACCACGGCGCUGCGCACCAUAGCCGGACUGGUCCGGCCAGACGCCGGCCGCAUCGUCAUCGCGGGCCGGACGGUAUAUGCAGAGGACCAGAGCCGGGAUGAACCGCAGGUCUGGGUUGAGCCGCACCACCGGGGCGUCGGUUAUGUCACACAGCAGAAUCAUCUUUUCCCGCACCUGACCGUGCGGCAGAACAUCGCCUACGGCCUGAAGGAGCGGCGAAGCGCAGCCACGCGCCAACGGGUGAUGGGAUUGGUCGAAAGACUACGGCUGGACGGGCUGGAGGACCGGCGAGUCUGGCAGUUGUCGGGCGGGCAACAGCAGCGGGCGGCGCUGGCCCGGGCACUGGCUCCGUCGCCGCACCUGCUGCUGCUGGACGAGCCGUUCGCCGCGCUGGACAUGGAGUUGCGACGCGAUGUGGGCUCGCAGCUGCGUGCAACGAUCCGUCAGCUGAACGUGCCGGUGGUCCUGGUAACGCACAGCAGGGAGGAGGCCCUGGCUUUGGGCGAUGACGUGCAGAUCAUUGACGCCGGGGUGACGGUGGCGUCCGGUCCGCCAUUGACGGCGCUGGAGCAGCCGGGCCGAGGCCGCGUGGCGCGGUUGGUUGGGGUGGAGAACCUGCUGGAGAUGCGGGUGACCGCUCGCCGGCCCCAGGACGGCACCAUGGUCUGCGCGGCCGGCGAGCACCUGCUGGAGACGCCCCUGGCGGAUGGGUGCGCGGUGGGGGAUCCGGUGACCGUCGGGAUCCGCGCUUCGGACAUCAUCCUGGCGUCGGGGCCGUUGCCGCAAUCCUCGGCGCGGAAUACCUGGGCCGGCGUGGUGUCGGCGGUGACCCCCAGACCGCCCGGUUACGAGGUAACGCUGGACUGCGACGGGGCAGGGCUGCGGUGCCACAUCACAGGGACGUCAUUGGAGGCGAUGGGGAUCGCGAUCGGGCUGCCGGUGUGGGCAAUUUUCAAGGCGUCCUCAUGCUUCCUGCUGAAUGAAUAG